AUGGCCAUGUCCCAGCCAGAAGGCAAGAUGCUUCAAACUCUUUUCAUUUUUCCUCUGUUCUUUACGUAUUGGGCUGCUGGAUGUGAAUGGUAUGAAAAGGAACAAAAGCAAAAGGAAAAGCAAAGGGCCAGAGAUGAAAUUGAUCUGGAUCACUCAGAUGGUGAAAUGUGCAGUGAAGACUCUGACAAUGGAAACGAGGUUAUUGUGCUGAAGUCAACAAAACAACCUAGUUGCAGUGCUGUUGCUUCAUCAGGUAGUGGCUCUAUCGAGAAGUUCUACAAACCGGCUUCUAUAGAAGAGGCUGUUCAGAAGAACCAGAAAGGAGCUAACGUCAGCCAAAAGGUUCAAACAAAGUUAACAACUCAGAAAAGAGAAGAGAGGAGGGAUAGAGCUUGUGUGUAUAUAUGUCAGUUCUUUUAUGAAGCAAGCAUUGCACACAAUACAGUCCUUCCUAGCUUUGCCAAUAUGGUUGAGGCCAUUGGAGCCUUUGGUAGAGGUUUGAGAGGGCCUAGUCCCUAUGAGUAUGAGAUGAGUGGACCAUUUUUGCAGAAAAGGAAACAAAAGGUGUUGGAUGGAUUCAGGAGCCAUGAGGAAUCAGGGAAAACCGUACCUAAGAAAAAUGGUAAAUGCAUCUUUGACCUUGUGGAUAGAUGCAUUGAAGACAUAGGAGAGGAAAAUGUUGUCCAAGUGGUCACUGACAAUGCUAGUGUUAAUGUAGCAGCAGCAAGUCUUCUAGCAGCAAAGAGACACAAAAUAUUUUGGAAUGGAUGUGCAGCUCACUGCCUAGAUCUCAUGUUGGAGGACAUUGGGGGGCUUCAACCAGUUCAGGAAACAAUUGCAAGUGCAAGACAAUUGACUGCAUUUCUCUAUGCUCAUACAAGGGUGCUAGAUUUGAUGAGAAAAUAUCUUCGUAAGGACUUGGUUCGCUCUGGAGUUACUCGAUUUGCCACUGCUUAUUUGAAUCUGAAGAGUUUGCAAGACAACAAGAAGGAGCUCGAAAGGCUCUUCAGAGAUAAUGAUCUCAAUGAGAUGGGUUACUUGAAGAGUGCCAAGGGGAAGAAGGCGGAAAAAGUGCCAUUGGCUAAUGUGCUGAGAAGAAUGGAUAGUGAUGUGCCUGCAAUGGGAUUUUUGCAUGGAUAUAUGCUUGAGGCAAAGAAAGAAAUUGCUUUGAGGUUUGACAAUGAUCAGACAAGAUACAAAUCUUUUUGGGAAAUAAUUGACAAAAGGUGGGACAGCAAGCUGAAGAGUCCACUACACUUGGCUGGGUACUAUUUGAACCCUUAUUAUUACUACCCAAAUAAGGCAGACAUUGAGAAUGAUAGCUCAUUUAGAGCUGCUGUAAUUGAAUGUGUUAUGUCGCUGAUUGAUGAUGAAGAAAUUCAAGAUAAUAUCAUUGAAGACCUCAGCAAAUAUAAGGAACAACAAGGGUCAUUUGGACAUGACAUUGCCACAAGGCGGAGGAGAAAUACAGACUUCAACCCAGCAACAUGGUGGCUGAAUCAUGGCACAACUACACCUAAUUUGAGGCUGUUGGCGAUAAAGAUUCUAAGUUUGACAUGUAGCUCCUCUGGUUGUGAGAGGAAUUGGUCAGUAUUUGAACAAGUGCACACAAAAAGGCACAAUAGACUACUUCAUGAGAGGAUGAGAGACCUUAUAUUUGUCAAAUUUAACUCCAAACUAAGGCAUAAGAAAGAGAACAAGAGUAGAGAUCCCAUAGACAAGGAAAUUAAUGAUGUGCUGGAGGAUGACAACAAUGAGUUGAUUACUGGAUUAGAACCAAAUGCAAAUCGAAGAUCUGGGAUGUGCAAAAACAUCAGCAAAAGCACAAGGAGCAUCACAGGGAGCAGCAGCAUCUCAAGCAAAAGCCAAAAGGAAAAGGCCUACUAUGCCACUAUGGCCUAUGGCUCCAUGCCUUAUGUUUGUUUGUCUAUCUGUCACUGUUUAGUUCAUAUGCAGUGUAAUGUCUGUCAACUUUGUAUGAACUUUGAAUUCAUUCGCCGAUUCGCCGCCCUGGCCUGCUCAUGGGUGCUAGAGAGGCCCUGCGGUAGCAGGGGCGGAGGCGUCCGAAGUCCCCUGGGCGGCGGCGCGGGCGUCGGGGAGGCCCCUAGGGGCAGCGACGUGGGCUUCGGGGAGCACCUCAGGGCAGUGACAGUGGCAGGGAGACCCUCGGGGCAGAGGGCACAAGCGGCGGAUAGCCGCCGCCGAGAUGUCGUGGAGCGGACGUCUGGAGGCAGAGGCGAUCUGUGGGGAGAGCCGGAGAGGGAGGAGACACCGGUGCGGUUGUAG